AUGCAUCUGAUUUGGGCUGCGUGCGGAGUAAACGCUGAGCGGGAGCACGUCGUUUUAUGGCAGCGGAUUUCCGACAAGAUUGGGACUGCGAUGGAACGGAAAUGCGGUUUGAGUCCACUAAUUCGUGAACAAUUCUCCGGUGCUGUGGUUUCUGUGAAUGGGACCAUACGCAUCGUUAUUCGGCUACAGCUCUCUGUGGAUAUCGGAACUGAGAAAGAGAGGGUGAAGGGACAUGACCAGCAGCGGAAAAGACCGACACGGACUCCACUUGGGAGACAUUUGUCAUGUCCGUCCAAAACCGCAGCGAGCGCCGAGUGCUGA